AUGGAGCCGAUUCGAAUUCUCCUCGUUGGUAACGGUGGGCGCGAGCAUGCGCUUGCGUGGAAACUGAGCCAGUCUCCUCUUGUCGAGUCCAUCAUCGCAGUUCCAGGAAACGGAGGCACCUCGACAUGCCCCAAAGUCACAAAUGAUACCAGCGUAAAAGCAGAUGAUUAUCCAGGAUUGGUCAAACUUGCGCAGAAUAACAAUGUCAAUUUGGUGGUUCCCGGACCCGAAGCUCCACUGGUUGAUGGUAUUGAGGGAUAUUUCAAGGCGGUGGGAAUCAGAUGUUACGGUCCUUCCAAAUUGGCAGCACGAAUGGAAGGCAGCAAAGCAUUUUCCAAAGACUUUAUGCAGAGACAUAAUAUUCCAACUGCGGCAUACGCAAACUUUUCAGAUUACGAAGACGCAAAGAAGUACCUCGACAAAAUUGAUCACAAUGUUGUGUUGAAGGCAAGUGGAUUAGCGGCUGGGAAGGGUGUACUUAUCCCAACCACCAAAGAGGAGGCACACAAAGCUUUGAAAGAGAUCAUGGUUGACAGAGAAUUUGGAGAAGCUGGGGAUGAGGUCGUUAUUGAAGAGUUCCUGGAAGGAGACGAACUCAGUAUUUUGACAUUCAGCGAUGGCUACACGAUCAAGUCACUUCCUCCAGCUCAGGACCAUAAGCGAAUUUUCGACGGAGAUCAAGGGCCAAACACUGGUGGAAUGGGAUGUUAUGCUCCAACCAAGAUUGCUAGCAAGGCCUUGAUUGAACAAAUUGAGAAGACCAUCCUACAGCCAACGAUAGACGGGAUGAGAAAUGAAGGAUUCCCAUUUGUGGGAACACUUUUCACUGGCCUCAUGAUCACAGCAACUGGACCAAAGACAUUGGAGUACAACGUCAGAUUCGGUGACCCAGAAACGCAGACUUUAUUACCCCUUAUGAGCGAGGACACAGAUCUCGCAAAGGUUAUGGUUGCAUGCACCGAGCACUGGCUUUCCGGAAUUGAUAUCAAGGUUGAUCAGAAGUCCAGUGCUACAGUGGUGGUGGCAGCAGGAGGAUAUCCAGGGUCUUAUGAAAAAGGAAUCCCAAUGGAGGUAGGCUCCCCAGCAGCAGGCGCAAACAUCUUCCAUGCCGGUACUGUCGUCAAGGAUGGCCAGCUGCGGUCUUCUGGCGGACGUGUUAUUGCGGCUCAGGCAACAGGAGCGACAUUAGAAGAAGCUGUGAAGAACGCUUAUGACGGUUUAAGCCACAUCAAAUUCGACAAGAUGUUCUACCGAAAGGAUAUUGCUCACCGAGCACUCAAAAGAACUGCUUCGAAGGAGGCUCUUACUUAUGCCUCGGCCGGAGUCAGUAUUGAAGCUGGUAAUGCUUUGGUCGAGCGUAUCAAGAAAGCCGUUGCUUCCACCCGGCAACCUGGAGCAGACGCAGAAAUUGGAGGCUUUGGUGGAGAGGUCAAUCUUCAGAAAGCAGGCUACACGAGUGCACCAAUAACUGUUGGUGCUAUUGAUGGUGUGGGAACAAAACUUGCAGUCGCACAAGCGAUGAACAAGCAUGACACAGUUGGUAUUGAUCUGGUCGCAAUGAAUGUCAAUGACCUAGUUGUUCAAGGAGCAAAGCCAUUCAUGUUCCUAGAUUAUUAUGGAUGCAGUACGCUGAAGCUUGAGACUGCCGCAGCUUUUGUCGAAGGAGUUGCUGAAGGUUGUAAUCAGGCUGGAUGCGCACUGGUUGGAGGCGAAACGGCAGAGAUGCCUGGAAUGUAUCAAAAUGAUGAUUAUGAUGCUGCUGGUUGCGCUGUUGGAGCCAUGUCUGCAGAUGUAAGACUUCCUCGCAAGGCCGAUAUGGUUGAAGGCGAUGUUCUACUUGGUCUGGCAUCAAAUGGUCUACACUCCAACGGAUUCUCGCUUGUGCGCAGAAUCAUCGCUCGCGAAGGAUUGUCUUAUCAAGACCCAACUCCUUGGGACGACUCGAAAUCUACCGUUUUGGGAACAUCUUUGCUCACACCAACCAGAAUUUACGUCAAGUCUCUCCUCAAAGUCACAGAUAAGAAGCUUGUUAAAGGUCUCUCGCAUAUCACAGGAGGUGGUCUCGCCGAGAACGUUCCUCGAAUGCUUCCAUCUCAACUGAGUGCUGAGAUCGACCUAAAGACGUGGGAGCUUCCCCCAGUCUUCAAGUGGCUGAAGAAGGCGGGAAAUGUUAGUGGUAAGGAAAUGUCACGAACUUUCAAUACUGGUAUUGGAAUGGUUGCGGUUGUUAGCCCAGAAAAUGUGAAGCAGGUCCAAGAAGAGCUCACGGCAGCUGGGGAGACGGUUUUUACGGUUGGCAAACUGAUUAAGCGCUCCGAUGAUGCAGGAUGUGUGUUGUUGAAUCUUUCCUCUUGGGAUUAA